AUGCAGAUUUUCGUCAAGACUUUGACGGGAAAGACGAUCACCCUCGAGGUGGAAUCGUCUGACACUAUUGACAAUGUCAAGGCUAAGAUCCAAGACAAGGAAGGAAUUCCUCCUGACCAGCAGCGAUUGAUCUUCGCUGGAAAGCAACUUGAGGAUGGCCGCACCCUGAGCGACUACAACAUUCAGAAGGAGUCGACUCUUCACCUUGUCCUCCGUCUCCGUGGUGGAAUCAUUGAGCCUUCGCUCAAGGUGUUGGCUUCCAAGUACAACUGCGACAAGCAAAUUUGCCGCAAGUGCUAUGCUCGUCUCCCUCCUCGCGCCACCAACUGCCGCAAGCGUUCGUGUGGACACUCUUCUCAGCUCCGCCCUAAGAAGAAGCUCAAGUAG